UGUGAGGCUCGGAAUGAAAACAAGAUGUCAGCGUCCAUGGGGAGCCCAUGGUGAAGGUUGCGUUUUUAUGUUAAAAGCGGGGGGCGCUUUGAGACAUGCUGGGCUUGACAUUAAGAGAAGUUGCCUUGGCUCUCAGGGAAGGCCGAGUAAGCCCCACAGAGCUCUGUCAAAGAUGCCUGCACUUUGUCAGGAAAACAAAGUUUCUUAAUGUCUACGUAACUGUCACUGAAGAAAUCGCACUGAAGCAAGCAGAGCAGGCAGACAAGAGGUUUCUAAAAGGUGAGACACUGGGGCCACUAGAUGGGAUUCCCAUUGCAGUGAAGGAUAACUUUUCUACAGCAGGCAUUCAAACAACAUGUGCUUCUCAAAUGUUAAAAGGCUAUAUCCCUCCAUUCAAUGCAACUGUAGUUCAGAAGUUGCUGGACCAAGGUGCUGUGCUUAUGGGCAAAACAAACUUAGAUGAAUUUGCAAUGGGUUCUGGCAGCACAGAUACCAUCUUUGGACCAGUGCGCAAUCCCUGGGGUUAUUCCAGGCAGUACCAAGAGAGGUGUGCACAGAAUCCUGACAACACCAAGGACAAUUCUGAUUGGUUGAUAGCAGGUGGAAGCUCAGGGGGGAGUGCUGCUUCUGUUGCUUCGUUAACCUGUUUUGCGUCAUUGGGCUCAGACACAGGCGGGUCAACGAGGAACCCUGCUGCUCACUGUGGAGUUGUUGGCCUAAAACCUACUUACGGGCUCCUUUCUCGCCACGGACUCAUCCCCCUGGUGAACUCCAUGGACGUACCUGGCAUCCUGACCCGGAGUGUGCAUGAUGCAGCCACCGUUCUAGGGGUGCUAGGUGGUCAUGACCCAAAGGACUCCACUACAGUACUAGAGCCAUUCAAACCUUUCAGCCUGCCAGACGAGAUAGAUGUCAGCAAUGUGUGUGUUGGUAUUCCAAGGGAGUAUCAUGCUCCUGGCUUGUCCAAAGAAAUACUGGCCCAGUGGACCAAAGCUGCAGAGCUCUUUGAAAAGGCAGGUGCCAGAGUUGUUGAGGUGUCCCUUCCUCACACCCAGCACUCCAUCGUGUGUUAUCACGUGCUCUGCACAGCAGAGGUGGCAUCAAACAUGGCACGUUUUGAUGGGCUGGAAUACGGCCAUCGCAGCAUGAUAGACAGCUCAACCGAAGUCAUGUAUGCAUCAACCAGACACGAGGGGUUCAAUGAUGUCGUGAGAGGAAGAAUACUGUCUGGAAACUACUUCCUUUUAAAACAGAAUUAUGAACGCUACUUUGCCAAAGCCCAGAAGGUGAGGCGCCUCAUUGCGAACGACUUCAUGAAGGUGUUCAGCUCUGGGGUGGAUGUGCUGCUAACACCCACCACACUGAGCGAUGCUGCACGGCACUCCGAGUUUAUCAAAGAAGACAACAGAACCCGCAGCGCCCAGGAAGACAUUUUUACACAGUGUGCAAACAUGGCAGGUCUCCCAGCCGUGACACUUCCUGUUGCGUUGUCAGAGAGAAACCUUCCCAUCAGCCUCCAGUUCAUUGGGCAGGGGUUUUGCGAGAAGAACCUCCUUACUGUUGCCAAGUGGUAUGAGCAGCAAGUGAAAUUCCCUCUGAUUGAAUUUCAGGAUGUAGCAGAUGUCUCAGAAGUCCCUAAAAAGACAAAGUCAAAAUCUGCUUCUUGAUACCUUCAGAAUUAUUUGUAAAUAAAAAAAAAAAAAAGUUUCCUUGUAAGUGUCGUCAGACCUGCUGUAACUACAGCAAUGUGUAAAUAGUUUGUUUUUGAUGCAAGCAAAUCAGACCCUGUUACUGUUAUGUAAUUAUGUUUGUUGGAGAAUAUCGGUUUCUGCCUUACAUUUGUAGCAUUUUAUGUUUUUAAAAACGUUCUCUGCCAAACUGAUUUAAUAAUCAAAAUGUGUUUAAAAACGAAUGCCUAAAGAAAAGGAAUGAGGCUAUUAUUGGCACCCAUUCUGAAUGUGUGUUUCUGGCCUCUGAGCCACUGUUAAGAAACUAGCUGUAAAGUGUUUCACAAACACUACAUUCCUAUUGCUACAGCUGGAGCAUUGCUGUAGCUUGGGCACUAAAAACACCAUGGCAUGUUCCUGGGCUGACGUGUGAAAUUCUGCCCCUCCUGCUAGUCCUCUCUUGAGUCCAGGCUCUUCAUUAAUCUCUGACCAGUGGGUUCUUAACAAGCAAUUUUAUUAUACAAAUGUCACAUUACUGUUCAGCUUGGUGACCAGGGGAGCCGACAUGUUAAUGAAGUAACAGCCAGCUGCAGACUCCUCAGCAUAUAUUUCAGGCUUGUUUAAAAAGUUAAACGUGUUCCCUCAUCACUCCCUUUAACUGUCCACAUUAGAUAAAGUCAAAUGUAUAACACUGACUAGCUUUUCAAUGGUGGUUUUCUGUAAAAAUGACUUCAGUACAAACAGGUCACAGUUGCUGGUAGCUUGAUUUUAGUUAUGAUCCAUGUCAUAAAUAAUACAAUAAUCAAGAAAGUGCAUUAAACGCAAGUUCAAAGGAAGGAAGAUACAAGGGUGGGAAAUGUUCUCAUCAAGGCCUUUGACAUAAAAAAAAAUGGGUUCUACUUGGAUAACGCAGUCCCAGAAUCACACAAUUCAUUUGCAAGAUGAUUCGUUAAAGGCACGCAUUAAAUCUUUCCUUGUUGUUCGUUCCUGCUAAAUUUUAGCUUUAAGCGCGAGGUUGCUAAAUUAGCGAUUGCGGAAAGCACUAUCAAAUAGCACAACUGUGGUCACAAGUGGAUCGUGAUGGUUGGAACCCACAGAUGCGUUGUUUCGCAAGUCUGCUGACUCAUCCAGCUCUGUUAUUGCUGUCAGUUAUUAACCAUGUGUAGACAUUGUUUAUGUAUAUCUGCAGAUCGUUGCUGGUGAACGUUUGAUCUGCCAUUGCUUAGACUGCUAUUGUAAUGCAUUUCAUUCAGCUUUUAAUAAGCUUUUACUUGCUUUUCUCAUAACAAUCAAUCAACAAGCACCAGAUGUUAGCUGGACUAACCUGAUUGUAAAUCUGGAGCCAUGAAAAUGCUAAAUUGCCUUGCUGACAGGAAUACAUAAUAGAGGUCAUUCCUGUACAAAUAUAAACAUCAGACUCUUGUUUAAAAAGUGUGACGGUACUGCCGGGUGCAUUUUUUUCUUUUAGAAAAGUUUAUGGCGUCUGCUGAUGUCUGUGUGAUUGGCAAAACAAAUACAGUUUCUGAUAACACUGAAGGACAAAAAGUAAUAUCAGAAAAGACCUGGAUCAUGCCGUUUUAAAUAAAGAAUAACCAAAGACACUAGAAAGGAAUCUUUUGCUUGCUUAAAGAACCUGAAGCCCAACAAAUAAUACAAGGGGUUGGUGUUUCUCGUAACAUAGCCUCUUGUCCAGCAGUUUGUUAAUCCUUCCUGCUGUACUUCCUCAUGUCACAAUCCUCUGCAGUCCUUGUCUUCCCCAGUCUGUCACUCCACACUUAGACUUGUUUCAUGAUGGUUCCCUGGCAGCGCUAGGUCUUGUAAAUUGCCUAAUCCCUGAUUGUGAUACAUUGCAUGGUAAAUACUUUACUCCAUUGUGACUUCAUUGAAAAAUAACUAAUUUUGAGAAUAAAAGCAAGGCAGGACAUCAAUAUGAUAUCAUUAAUCAGGUUUCAUUGUGUCGUGGCAUACAGCAGUCAAAGCGGCAUUCUGACUGCCUGAAAUAUCCUCGGUAGUCCUUAAUUCUAGAGGGCAAACCCUGUAAUUUAUUGUAUGCAUACUGCUGGCACUAGAUUAAUGUUUGUGUGUUAGAAGCAUAGUAAAGCGCAGUGAAAUAUGAUGCUAGUAACUUGCAGAAAUGAUACUUUUACCCAUCAUGAAAAACCUAAACCUCACGUAUUGAAUAUUACAGAACUUUUAGUCAAAUUUGCAAAAGAAAAUAUAGUAAUCAAGCCUUUUGAAAUAAUAUUUGAAUUCAAAUAAAAUUCUGUAUUUGUGUGUCUGUGAUUUUCUAGCACCCAGGCUUUUUCAUGUAUAUAGAAACCCUCUCUAAUUGGAGUUGAAGGUUUAUUGGUUUAAGUGUCCUAAUGAACCAGUAAUGUGAAAUGUGUGCUUUCGCCACAGAAGUCUGUAGAAUGUCACACACAAACGAUGAUGAAGAAAUUGUGAUCCGUCAGCCUCUCCCCCAACUAUUAAGAGGAGAUCAAAGAACCUCAGUUUGCAGAUGACACAAGAGGGAUGUGUUGUAUCAUGAUCUUAACAGAUCUGCUGCAAAUACUUAUUGUUUUCCUUUAACUCUAUAUUGAACCUGGGUGAUGUACUCCCUUGUGGAUAAAUGCAAGUAAGGGAAGAUAGAGAUGUUUUAUUACAUCACCUCUGUUUCGUUAAAGGGAAGUCUCAUUUCAACUGUACUUAUCUUACCAGACCUUUUCUCUAUGUUGGUACGUCGCUCUCGAUUUCGGUUUGCGUAACCAUUUGUAUAGGCCUGUAACAGGGCGAGCAGCCCUGCACAGUGUUUAUUGUAAAACGGGGUCUUCCCCUCCGCCCCUGUGUUAU